AGCGGGGGCAAAAACAGAUGAGAAUUCACAAGAAUUGGAUGUGAAAGUGUUAUACUCCAUAGGACAUGGCAUGCCUCAUGGCCGUGUACCAAUAGCCAAUGGUGUUAUAGAAAAGGCUGACAUUCUAGCAGCUGUGAAAUCCAAUAAUGUCCACAUAUCCAAAAUAGCUCAUGGAAGUCUAGUCGAAGAAAAUGAGCAAUUGAAGGAGACGAAUGAGCAACUGAGGCAGACAAAUGUGCUCCUCAUGGAGGAAAAUAGUGUCAAUCGUGAGCUGAUCCUGAGGUUCUAUGCGGACUUUGAAAAAGAACCACCUGCUGAUCUGCUAAACCGUCUAGCCAAUAUUGAUCCCCGUCAUCAUCAGGGGACAGGUUCAUCACAUGCAGCCACUGACCCAGACGACAUGCGCAGCAAUGGCAAUGACCUGGACGACUAUGGUGACGAUGAGGGCAGCGAUGACGUCUAUGGUGAUGAGGGCUAUGAUGGCAUGUAUGGUCGCGAUGAGAUGGAUGGUGGAUACAAUAGUGAUGACUAUGGAUACAAUGGAUGGUGAAUGUCAAACUGGAUGAAGCACCUGAUGCUUUUGGCCUCUUUUUUGUUCAGGCGGAACAGAUGCACCAGGAGUACUUUUGGUAACUAGUGACUAGCUUCAGGUUAACUUAGUCAACGAACCUUUUGAUAUUUUGGUAGACUUAAACUAUAGCUACUGUGCUUUUGGG